UGAGGCUCCGAGAAGAAUAAACCCCUCGCCCAGAAUCACACAGUUUGCAAGUGGCAGAGCUGAGUUUCAAAUCUAAAUCCGUGGGCCUCGUGCUUCUCUCUGCUUUAGGCUUUAGGCUUCUCUCUGCUCCUCCCUGAGGCUCUCCCAGCUUUAGCGUGACUUUCCCCUUCUCUCAAUUCUUGGGACAUUUAACCCACGUAACCGUGUGCCUGUCUCCAUCUCCCUGCCUUAGGUAAGUCACUGAGCUUCUCACAUGCCUGCCUCCUGCAGCUCUGAAUACAAGCACAUGCCACUGUCCUCCUAGUGCUCAAGAAAAUGCCAUGCAGGGGGAAAGGCCCAGCCCACUCUCCUAAGAGGAGAAUAGGACCGGGCCUUCAGAGACUGACAAACUCCUAAUCCAGCGAGCUCUGUGUGGGCCUAAUUCAGUGCUUCGUAGGUGUUUGCGGGGUAAAGAAAGGCUGGUUUAAGGACUUCCCCGGGGGACUCUCCAUCACAGCUGGCAGAAAUGGAAUGGGGGUGCCACUUCGGAAAACAGCUUGGCCGCUUCUUAAAAAGCAAACCAUUCACUUACCACAUGACCCAACAGUUCCUCUCCUAGGUAAUCACCCAAGAGCAAUAAAAGCGCACGUUCGUACAAAGUCUUAUACACGAAUGUUCAUAGCAGCGUUUUUCGUAACCGUCCCAAACUGAAAUCUACCUAAAUGUCCAUCACGGUGAAUGGGUCGACAAGCUGUCAGACUUUUGUACAACAGAACGCUACUGAGCAAUAAAGUGGGACAGGCUGCUGAUAUGGAUCCAACACAAAUGAAUCUCAAAAACAGGUGGAUGAGUGAAGGAGACUGACAGCACAGAGAAAAUGAAGGUAUAAAUGAUGGAAGCGUCACGCAGUCACCGAACAAACGCUGAGCCCCAGGUCCAGGCAGCUGGAGCAGCGCCUCAUAGCAGAGGGGACACCUGCCAUAUCGGAGGAGCCACCGGAGGGGUGAAGGAUGCUGCUCUGGGUGUUCUUCCUGGUGAUCCUCACCCUCGACAGUGGCUCCCACUGCUCCCCGCCACCCCUGCCCCUCAGAAUGCCUCGGUAUGCAGAUGCCGUCUUCACCAACAGCUACCGGAAGGUGCUGGGUCAGCUGUCUGCCCGCAAGCUACUGCAGGACAUCAUGAGCAGGCAGCAGGGAGAGAGAAACCAGGAGCAAGGAGCAAAGGUACGGCUUGGCCGUCAGGUGGACAGCGUGUGGGCAGGUCAAAAGCAGAUGGCGUUGGAGAGCAUCCUGGUGGCCCUGCUGCAGAAGCACAGGAAUUCCCAAGGAUGAGGAUUCCACCUGUGUCUCAUGCCACCUGCAGCCAAAACACAACUGCAUCCAGUUAAUCCUAUUUAAUUUCUGACCUACCUUUUUCCUUCACAGAUACAAUAAAAUUCCCCCAUACUGUUCUGCAUCUCAA